ACUCAUUUUCCUCAUUUCGUUGUUGCAACUUGCUUUCGAAUCUGUCGUCAACAUAUGAUUUGGUUGCUAUGCUUAUAGUUUUCACUUUCUCACACACGUUUAAUUAAAUAAUUAAAACUUUUUUUGUGUUUAAUUUUGUUGCUUGAUACGGGCUCAUUUAAAAUGACGAAAGGAGGUGGCUGUCCGGUUAACCAUGGUCAAGCACCAUCUGGGUGUCCAAUGAGUCAAGAUGGGGAAAACCAAGUCAAGAUUAAUCCAGACAACAUGAUGCCAAUGAAUGCAAGUCAAGAGCCUUCACCUGGUCAACCUUUUCCAUUGUCAGUUGAACGAGAAGUUUCCACCAUACCAAAAGCGGGAGGCGAUGAAAAGUGGGUCUAUCCAUCUGAGCAAAUGUUUUGGAAUGCUAUGAUUCGGAAAGGUUGGAAAUGGCAAAAUGAACAUGAGAAAGGUAUAGAACCCUUGCAAAAGAAUGAUAUGUCUCACAUAAUUAGAAUACACAAUGCCAACAAUGAAGCUGCUUGGCAGGAAAUUUUAAAGUGGGAAAAUGCGUUCCAUUCUGGUGAAUGUCCUACUGGACCUAAAUUGAAGAAAUUCUCUGGUCGCGCUCAAGAUUAUACACCUCGAGCCAGGAUACGCUCUUGGCUUGGUUAUGAAUUACCUUUUGAUCGUCAUGAUUGGGUUGUAGAUAGAUGUGGUAAAGAUGUUCGCUAUAUUAUCGACUAUUAUGAUGGUGGACCAAUUAUGCCUGAUCAAUUGAAGGCGAACCCUGCUUUUGCUAUCCUGGAUGUUAGACCUGCAUUGGACAGUAUUGGUAAUGCCUGGGAUAGAAUGAAAGUUACUUGGUGGCGAUUUAGAUCCAAUUAUCUCAAUAAGCAAGCAAAAGAAGAAGUCUAAAUUUUUUUUGUUCAUCUUUAUGCAGCCAUGAAAAUUAAAUUAGCACUACUUUCUACGAUUAGGCCUCACUGCUGAUAAUUCAAGAAAAUGUUAUUUAUAUUUAGAUGGAUAAUCAUCGCCAUAAACCUGCUUGUGAUCGAUUUGUGGACUCAAAUUGGAUCUUAUGCAUCAUGAUUCUCGCUUAUUUUACAUUUAUCUCGCUUGUAUCAACUAACAUUCAAUACUGAAACAAUAUAAGAGAAGAAAGUAGUGAAAGAUUACUUUUCAUGGCUGUAUUGUAGUUUUUCGAUGUAGCUUAAUGUAGUCUUAUUAUUGAUAAAAUAUUCUAUGUAUAAAUUCACAAUUAAUCAUGACGAAAGUUAAAUUUAGGCAAAAUAAAUUAAAAUGAUAAGAUAUUGAUUUCA